AUGUCUUUCCACAAGCUGCGUCUUCUCGUUUUCAGCUCGCUGAUCAACUGCUAUUUGUGUGCCCAUGUGGUGUACGUGGAUCGCUUCACCUUCGAUGUCGAUGAGCAAGACCUGUUCCUGUCCCAAAGUGCGGUGGUCGAACAGGAUGGUAAUCGCAGCUAUCUAUCUGGCCAUAUGAUGAUUAGUCGAUUGGUGAAUGAUCUGACAUUGACUUCAUCAAUGGACAUCGCGCGUCCUCAACGACCGGAGAUGCGCCUUUAUAAUGUGCAGCUCAACUUCUGUUCGAUCCUCAACAAUGGUUAUAAGAAUAAGUUCAUCAGAUUGCUGUACAAUAACUAUGCGGGGUUCCUGAAUACCAAGCCCAAGUGCCCACUUCGACCGAAUUUUAACUACUCCCUGCACAGGGCCUAUAUCGACGAAGCUGUGCUACCAGAUCUACUGCCGGAUUGCACUUAUCGCCUGAGAAUGUCCUUUAAGCACAAAUCAAAACUAUUAGCUCACAUGCAAAUUGAUGGACACUUGCUCACCAAACGUUAGCAGUAAUAAUAAUUUUUGAAUAAAAUAAAUAGCAAUUGAGUGCAAAGCCCGAAAGCAAUAAUAAUUUAUAUUGGCGAUUCGGUUCGAUUACUGUGAUAAUUAUUACAGUCACAUUAACCAAUCCACAGACAGGCAAAAUUUGGUUCAAAAAUUGAAAUAUGACUUUGGCAGCAUUGGAAUAUAUUAAUCUAAUGUUGGGAAAGCCCAUUUUGAUUAUUCAAAUUAUUCCAUUACAAUUCGUUUACAUAUUUUAUUUCGUCCAUUCGAUUGGUGUUUAAUUUCAACGCUUCAACAAACGCAAUAAUACAGCAAUAUUCAAUAAUCAGCAAUAAUGACUGAAAACCGAAAAUUUCUAGGGUUUUCAUCAUUAUUGAAAUAAUAUCAUUGGAAACCAUCUUUAAUUAAACAAACAGUUAAAUACAUAUGUGAUUGUGCGUUGUAUG